AUGAUAGCAUUAAGAAAAAUAAAGAAGCAAGAGGAAAGAUAUGAAAUUAUGAAGGGAAAAUAUGGAAAUGUCAUUGUUGCUCUAGCCAUGGUGGGUGUGGUGGUGGGUGUCCCGCCCCACUAUGGUUACUCCCCCGCUCCGACCUACACCCCCACUCCAUCAUACACCCCAGCGCCAUCCUACCACCCGACUCCAUCCUACCACCCAGCUCCAUCCUACCACCCAGCUCCAUCCUACCACCCAGCUCCAUCCUACCAUCCAGCUCCAGCCUAUGAUACUGCACCUAAGUACGAUUUUGAUUACGCCGUGAAGGACGACUAUUCCGGUAACGACUUUGGCCACCAGGAGGGUCGUGACGGCUACAACACCCAGGGGUCGUACUACGUGCAGCUCCCCGACGGUCGUCUGCAGCAGGUGACCUACACUGUCAAUGGUGACUCCGGCUACGUGGCCAAGGUCACUUACCAGGGAGAGGCCCAGUACCCUCACUACCAACCAUCCUACCAUCCUGCUCCAUCCUACAAGCCAGCUCCAUCCUACCAUCCUACUCCAUCCUACGAUUCUGCUCCAUCCUACACGCCAGCCCCUGUCUAUGGAUAACUCGCUCUGUAUCCACGAAAAGUGAAUGCAAAAGUAUGUGUAUUGAGUAAAAUACAAAUAUGCGUGAGUUUUGAUCUUAAUGAUUUUGUCAAUGAUAAUUUUCUCAAAUGAAUAAAGGAAAAAAAAAAGA